UAUAGAUUAUUAAUAUAUAAUUUCUAUAAUUUUUUAAUAUACAAAUUACAAGAUAAAAUGGAUUAAAGAAGUGUAUUGGAUGGUGUGUAAAAAUGAAAGUGGACAAAUACUCUGGGACGGAGGUAGUAUAAAGUAAAGGAAAAGUUUGAAAAUAAUAUCAAAUUUAUACAUUCUUAAAGGAGUUCAGUGGCCCUAGAUUUUCUCCUGCUUCGAAGCUGCAAACCCUCCGCCCUUCCUGUCCGAAAACCCCACUAAAAAAUCGGGUCGUUUCCAAAUCAUUAUCCGUAUAAUCUGGUGCCCGAUAUCUGCUGCUCGAUCAUGGCGUGAAGAAGCCGAAGCCAUCGGUGUGUGUAUAUCCCUCCAAAUCUUACCAAACAUUCUACAACUGUCUUCAUCUUCUUCUUCUGAAUCAUCACAAAUAAGCUCCAGUUUGACCCGUUUCUCUCGAUCAUCCAUUUCAACUACUGGCGGAGGGGAAAUGACGAAGCUGGGCCGGAGGAGCAACAGCUUCAGGGGAGCUUUGCCGCUGGAUUCGUCGUCCGACGGGAAAUCGCCGGCGACGGUACUUUGGCUCUUGCUUCACUGUCUCUGCUGUCUGAUCAGUCUUGUCCUCGGAUUCCGAUUCUCCCGUUCCUUGUUCUUCCUCUCUUUGUCCAACUCUUCCACCAUCGGUGAUAACCUAUACGCUCUUCCCUUCCAUGAUUCCGAAGGAGCAUCCCUCUCUGUCAAGGAGGCUUUGCACCGUCGUAUUUCCUCUAAUGGGACGAUGGCAGUUGCGGGUAGUCGAGUGGUGGUUGGGCGGCAUGGGAUCUUGAUACGGCCAUGGCCUCACCCGAAUUCGACUGAGGUGAUGCAGGCUCACAAGAUAAUUGAUAUUGUUCAGAAGGAACAGAUGCUUCAAUAUGGCAUUAAGAGCCCCAAAACUGUGAUUGCCAUAACUCCCACUUAUGUGCGAACCUUCCAGACUUUGCACCUUACCGGAGUGAUGCAUUCCCUGAUGAAUGUCCCAUACAAUGUGGUCUGGAUUGUUGUUGAAGCUGGUGGGAGCUCAAACGAGACUGCCUCACUGUUAGCCAAGUCGGGACUCAGGACUGUCCACCUUGAAUUCCGGGAGAAGAUGCCUUUACUUUGGAAAGGCCGCCACAACUUGGAGUCGAAAAUGAGAGUUCACGCCUUGAGACAUGUGAGGGAUGAAAAACUAGAUGGCAUAGUGAUGUUUGCAGAUGAUGGGAAUAUGCACAGUCUGGAGUUGUUCGAUGAGAUCCAAAAGGUGAGAUGGGUUGGUGCGAUCUCAUUUGGUAUUCUUGCUCUUUUGGAGAGUUCAGAUGAAGAGUCAUCAACUGUUCAAAGAAACAAUCAAAAGUAUUUGCAGCUGCCAGUUCAAGGUCCAGCUUGCAAUUCUUCAAACCAUAUGGUCGGUUGGAAUACCUUUGACGCAACACCUUACACAGGGAAGACCGCUAGGUAUGUCGGAGACAGGGCUGUUGUGUUGCCGAGGAAAUUUGAAUGGGCUGGUUUUGUGUUGAGCUCCAGAUUAGUCUGGAAGGAUGCUGAAGAAAAGCCGGACUGGAUUAAGGAUUUAGAUGAUGUAGUUAGCGCUGGAGAAGAUAUUGGCAGUCCUCUAUCUUUGUUAAGGGAUUCUUCAGUGGUGGAACCUCUUGGGAAUUGUGGGCGCAAGGUUAUGCUAUGGUGGCUUCGUGUUGAGGCAAGGGCUGACAGCAGAUUCCCUGCGAGAUGGAUGAUCAACCCUCCUUUAGAUGUUACUGUCCCAGAAAAACGCACACCGUGGCCAAAUGCUGCCCCUGAACUGCACACUGCUGAAAAGUUAAUUAGCACCCAAGAGACCACUGAAAAACGGCGUCCUACAAAACCACGAUCUAGAAAACGCACUUCUAGGAAGAGAAGGCAUGUGGCAAGGAACAUAGAUAUCCAAGCAUCCUCAACUCGGCGUCCUGUGGAGAUUUAGACACACCUACGUUUGGAGGGUAACUAUCCCUUGUGUUGUGAAUACUCGGUAGCCGGUCCCACACGCCUUCAACUUCAAGGAAUCUUUUCGGGUUGAAUUCAUUCUUUUCUUUUUGCUCCUUUCCAUUCUCUUUUUUUUUCCUUUCCCUAGAGUGACUGCAGCUGAUCCCUCAAAAGGAUCUCUCAGUCUCAAGUCUUUCCAUUUUUCCAAUACAGUUUACACACAAUAUUGCACGAAAUGAUGAACGUGAGCUCAGUUUGUCACUGCAUAAUUUUAGCUCUAUGGAUACUAUAAACAUUGUGAAUAUAAAUACAAGUUCCUC